CACCACUAUGAAGUCAUGCAAAAACAUUAUGGAGACAAAAUUGAGCUCAUGUAUACAGAUACGGAUUCACUGGUUUACUAUAUUCAGACUGAUGAUUUUUACGAAGACUUGGCAAAYAACGUCAAUUUGCUGGAACGGAUGGACACAGCAAAUCUCUCAAAAGACCAUCCGUGUUACAUUGCCGAGAGGAAGAAGAUCCCGGGUUUGUUUUCUGAUGAGACGGAUGGGCUCAUUAUGACUGAGUUUUGUGCGUUGAUGGCAAAGUMAUACGCAUAUAUUCUACAAGGCAAGGAGAAGAUCAAAGCCGAGGGAAUCCGUGGGCACGUGGUCAAGAAUYACAUGACAUUCGAUGACCAUAAGAAGUGCCUGUUUGAUGACAGUGAUUUAGACGUUUACCGUCAAAAUGUCUCCAAACGCUCAUUCAAACACCAGCUCAAGACCAUUAAAUCCAACAAAUUAACUUAUAAUAACUAUGAUGACAAGAGGAUUAUACUCGAAGACAAUAUACAUAMCUACGCUCAUGGGCAUUAUAAAUUUGUUUGCUAAUUGUAUUCAUAAAAAAUAUGUAUAUAUGC